CUGCGCUAAUCGUCAUAUGACCAACAGUACGAAUGCAACAUCCGUGCGAGAACAGAUGUGAACGGUGAGCGGGUUUGCCGCCCUUUACGGCACAGCAGCGCUUAGUCCCCCAUCUCCUGCAAGGCCACCAUACCGAGCGCCAAAAGCCGAUGCACGAUAUACUUAGGUCAAGUGCUUGUAUCAUCUUGAGUGCCAUGGCGGCGAAGCAGCGCAUACGUUGUUCCAUCUCGAAUGCGGCGUAGUCGAAGCAGACGGUCAAAUGGACAAACGCUCGCCUUAUGCGACAUCUUGUCUGAGACCAUCCAUCGCUACUGUCCUCACUCUCUGACGCCCUUUGUCUUGUCAGUGUUUUCGUCUGCUGGCUCAGACAAGAUGCGUUUCGUUCUCUCGGUCUCAGUAGCCUUCGCCGCGCUUCGUUCCGCAACGGCCGCCUUCUAUGUGCCAGCCAUUGGCGACAACGGCUUGCAGCAGAUUCUCAAGCAUGUACCAAUCACGAUAACGAGCACCACGACCGUCACGAGGACAAUGGCCUAUGCUUCGGCAGUAACGAAAGGACCGCCAUUGCGUUUCAGCAGGCACGGCGAUGUUGUGGAGGUCGAGACGGGGGUGCCUAUAGCCUCCGCAGCCACCACCCAGGCACCCCAGAGCUGCGCAGCUGCGCCAAGGGAUGCUCGUAAACAGGAGAGUAGCCUCACGGAUCAGACGGCUUCCUGUGAUUGGACGACGUGGAUUUGGUCUCGCUUGUUGUACAGAUGCACUAUUUCAGCUGGAAGCUGGUCCGUCAGCCCUACGUCUUUUCCUGGUACUGCGCUCAUGCUGACAGUGAUGCUUAGUUGCCGCCUUGACCGUGCCGAGGUCGUGGCCGUCCACAGAUCGGACGGCAAAUCAGUCGGUUCCAGUGUUCAGGACUUGACCGAACGGCGCGCUUGCAGUCUCGAACCUGGCAGGACUGUGCCUUGCCACUUCAGGGGCGACACUCCCAUCUUCGAGUUCGACGCGGAAGAGGACAGAAGGCCGCAGGUGCAUGAGGUCGACCUAGAGAGGUCUGUGUAGUUGACGGUUCUGCAUGCUCAGUGCUUGGCGCAUGUAUUUCUGCAAACCCUACUGGCCUCAGUGGUAGACGAUACUGUUGCCCAUUCCGGGACCGUAAUGAUCGCCAAGGUGCACACAUGGAUUGCUGGAGCGCGGAGGCUUGGCUCCCAUGUCGUC